AGUCGUAGUAGAACUUUAGUCUUGGUAGGAUGUAUCUACGGUCGUUCGUAGUUCUGCCGGUUGGUUUUAGGAAGAACAUUUUCACUAGAAAAUCGGUGGAAGAAAAACUUUUAGUAGUAUUAGCAUAGCAAUUGUGCCGUGCCGUGCGUGAGUGCGUGUGGUUUGUUUCGAGUGUGCUUGAUUGACUGGGAAUAGCUUUCGUUUUUUAUCUGUUUUUGUGUAGAACUUCGGUAGAAUUCAACCAAUCACUCUUGCGGUAACAUGUUGACGAAGUUGGUAUUUAAAGCCUCUGAAAUGCAGCUUACUGUAUACUAGUGUAAAUAGUGCAUUUUUGUGCCGUCGCUUGGGAGACAUAGUCAUAAAGUUCCUUUGUUCGGGGGGAAAGAUGGUAACAGUGGAAGCUACAGUGACCAUGAUGUAGUUAGUGCUGGCCAAAGGGAGUUAGGACGCAUUGAAGGCAAGAAGCAAAGUUACCAAACCGGCGAGUAGCAUACAUAUCGGGGUACGGGUGGUGUAACAUGAAAACAGCACAGGAAGGAAGCACCGACACGAUAAUUAUAAUAAAUGAUGACGAUGAAUUAGAACCAUGACUGAAAAAUGCUACGUAGUUUCAACGACGGGUGGCUCGAGAACGUGAGAUUCAGGCGCUAGCUCGCGCACUGUCGGAAGCUCGGUAGUUUGUGAAAUCUGGUCGGAAAGGAAGCAAGAAAAUCUUACGGAAGAGAUUAGCAAGAAGAAUGAAAUUUGAUCAGCAUAGUGGCUGUGAGUGAGAAAAUCAAAUGGCAAAAAAUUAUUCUUAGUGUUGUGCGUGCAUAAGUGUCUGUGUGUGGCUUGAGGAAGUUUUAAAUUACUACUAGGCUACAAAAAGUUAAGAAAAGCUCGCUUUUAUCACGUCUUAUACAGCGUAUGUAACAGGAAAUUUUUUAUUGUAAGAUUUCAUCAAAGUUCCGCUCCAAAUCAGUGUCUAUCAAUGUUGUAUGUGUUUCCGAAGUGUUGUGUCAAUUUGUAGAAGUAAGGAAAAAGAACCGCUGCGAGGAAAAAUAUUGUCUGUCGCCGUCCUAGCGGCGCUUCUAACCCCCGGCGCUGCCGUUUGGUCCGUGCGUUAUGUGCUUUUGAUUAAAAUUUAAAUGAGAAUUCGGUGAUGUCAUUAGUGGAUGAUAAUGAACUGGAUUAUACUAGGGGUGGUGUUUUUCCUAACGCCACAUCUUCGUUUGGAUCUCUCAAUUUCACCGUCAUCGGCCGAGUCAGCGCCCUCAUCGUUGAUCGGCAGCCUGCUGGGCAACAAUGGUCGCCGGUAUGUGUUGGGAGCCGUCCAUGGAACGCCACUGGGAGCAGAUUUCAGCUCGACCGCUUCGCUGCGUACGAUAAAUCCAUUCAUCAAACACUGGGAGCCAGCCCGAUUCGACCGGCGGCAGCUGGAAGUGGCUCACCGCCAUCACGAGAGCCAUCGACGGCGAAGACGCAACGUCAACUACGACCACAGUUCGGCCAGCUAUGGGCCGGCAAAUGUGGUCCGGCUCAGCUUCCACGCUCAUGACAGGGACUUCCGGCUGGUGCUGCGUGAGGAUCCCAGCUCGAUCUACGUCCGGGACGUGCAGAUCGAGAACACCGAGGGACCGGUAGAUUUUGACCUGUCGCGGGUCUACACCGGCAUCGUGGAAGGUGAUGAUAAAUCCCACGUGCACGGAGUGCUGACCCGGGACAAUUUGUUCGACGGCACGAUCGUCACGAACCUAGAGCAAUACUAUAUCGAGCCUGCCGCCCGGUACGGGCCGGAACUGGAGCGGCAAGGCGUCCAUACUGUGAUCUAUAAACUCAGUGACGUCAGGAUCCGACAGGAUCACCACCACGGUCACCAUCCGCCGCAGGCCAGCAGCGGUGACCAUGGAAGCAGUAGUAGUAAUAAAAGUAGCGGUAAUAGUCGUAAUUUUAGCGGUAGUAGCGAAGGUGGCAGCAAACAACCAGGUGAUAUUAGUGUCGCAGAGGAAGGCCAGAGUGAAGCAAAUGGUUGGAGGCAGACUGAAGAAGGAAAUCAUUCUUCUGCUCAGAAUCAAUUGAAUCAAAAGUCUGAUGAUACUAGUAAUAAUAGUGAUAGGCUAAGUAGGCAAAGUGUGAGACAACCGAAAGGCGGCUGGCCAAAAAAACGAGGUCGGAAAAACAGAGAAGGCGAAUCCAGCGGUCUGGUCCGAUUGAAAAGAAGUAAUCGUAAGAGCGACUUUAAGCGUAGAAAACGAUGGCUUCCUGAGGAGGUGCAGGAAUCUCGCGGUAAUCCAUCUCUUCCACUGGACCUUGAAGUUCCCUACAACGAUGAUUUCAGCAUCACACGUAAUCAUAACCUCAACCUUAACUUUAAGGAUCGAAUCAUAACACGAACGAGCUUGGCGAAUGGAGCAGCCGGCUCCGGAUCUAAUUCGGGCAGUGGCCACACUAUCAAUAGAAACAUUCAUUCCACCACGGCUAGCACUUCGAACACCCAGGAUAACCGUUUUCAUCCAUCAACUCCGGUUAACAACCGAAAAAAUCAUUUUCUGGUCAACACCUACAACCCGAACGGGGAUCUGAAUCAGCGAAUGAUCACCCGAAAUCGGAAUAUCAUUGGCAAUGUGUACGAUCAGAACGCGCCGGCCACAGGAAAUGGUUCAAACCCGAAUCAUAAAACGCACGUCGAAAUUAUCACCAAGAAUGGGCCAAAGAAGAAUAUUAUCGGAAAUAACUACGACCCAGACGUAACGAUAAGCGGCGGCCACAAUGGUGUCAAUUUGAACGUUCGAAACGAACUGAAUGAGCAGAAGCAAUCGUUCGCCAACUCGCUGUACGAUCGGAAGAGCACGUGCAUGUUAUAUCUGCAGGCGGAUCACACGUUCUUCCAGAAAAUGGGCUCGGAUGAAGCUAGUAUCGAGGCGAUCACACGACACGUUCAGAGGGCUAAUAUGAUCUACCGGAAGACGGAUUUCAACGGCGACGGAAAACCGGACAACAUCACUUUCAUGAUCAAACGCAUCAAGGUGCACAAUCUAAAUGCAGUCAAGGAUCCAACCUAUCGGUUUGCCGGCAGCUAUGGAGUUGAGAAGUUCCUGGAACUGUUCUCAGAGGAAGACUACGAUGCAUUCUGUCUGGCAUACAUGUUCACCUAUCGUGAUUUCGAGAUGGGUACACUUGGUUUGGCGUGGACCGGUGAUCUAAAAAAUGCUGGUGGAGUUUGUGAGAAGAAUGGGCACUACCGGGGGUCGCUGAAAUCACUCAACACCGGCAUCGUGACGUUACUGAACUACGGUAAACAUGUUCCACCUGCCGUUUCGCAUGUAACACUGGCGCACGAAAUUGGCCACAACUUUGGUUCACCGCACGAUCCGGAACAGUGCACGCCAGGUGGCGAGGAUGGAAACUUUAUCAUGUUUGCCCGUGCUACGUCCGGCGACAAGCGCAAUAACAACCGUUUCAGUCCCUGUUCACUUAAAGCGAUAGAACCAGUGCUGAAUGCCAAAGCACGUAGUGCCAAAGGAUGUUUCACUGAACCCCAAGCUUCCAUUUGUGGGAAUGGUGUUGUUGAGCCUGGUGAACAGUGCGAUUGCGGUUGGGAAGAAGAUUGCAAGGAUUCGUGCUGCUACCCGAUGUCCCGACACACUCGGUUCGACCAGAAACCGUGCACAUUAACUCCGAAAUCGCAAUGUAGUCCCUCGCAAGGCCCUUGCUGUACUUUGGAGUGCACUCUGAAACUAGGCGAUAAAUGCCGUGAUGACAAUGGCUGCCGAGACCCAGCGUAUUGCGAUGGUACUAUGCCGCGAUGCCCUUCGUCAAUCAAUAAACCGAAUAAAACGAUCUGCAACAAAGAGUACGUCUGCUACAUGGGCGAAUGCACAGGAUCAAUUUGCCUUGCUUACGGAUUGGAAUCAUGUCAGUGUACCGUUGGACCACACGAUCCUGCUAUUCGAGCCUGCGAACUAUGCUGUAAGCUUCCUGGUGAAGAAAAACCAUGCCUUAGCUCUUUCGAAUGGAACGAUCCACCGUUUGAUGUUCCGGAUAUGUACGCAAAACCGGGAACUCCCUGCAAUGACUACAACGGAUACUGCGAUGUAUCGCAAAAGUGCCGUGAGGUAGAUCCUUCUGGACCGCUUGCUACUUUGCGAAAGCUGUUUUUUUCUGAAGACAGUAUUGCCAUCUUCAAGAAAUGGGUUUUAUCCAACUGGUAUGCAGUGGCACUGAUAAUUAUCUUCGUACUAGCAUUACUGAUAUUGAGUGCGAAGCUACUGGGCAAACGGACAAACUUGAAGCUCAAAACGGUCACCAUCAUACACAGUGCAACGACGGAGACGGUACGGCUUCCGGAGGACAACAACGGUGUAAUAGUACACACAGCUGUCCGCACCAAAGUACCCCUAAAGAAGAAAGUACGCGGCGAACGUUUGAAGUCGAAAACGGCUCCCCUGCCACCAGGUGCACAGCAGAAACCACAACAACAACCAUUGAUCCCGAAACAACUGCUGGCAACAGCUUCCGGUCCAGGAGGAGCAGUAACCACCACCGCGACAGCAGUCGGAAACACAACGACAGCACUACCAUCCAGCUCCAAGGACCGAUUCCAUCUAUCCAGAUCGUCAACGAACAAUCCGGCCACGGUUGUCAUUAAACAGGUGAAACGUCAUGUUGGCAAAACCACUACCACCAACGCCAACACUGACAGUCCCCGCAAGCUGAUCAAGAAAAAGAAAAAACGCUCCAGUGCUACCCCCGGGGGUCCAUCGGACGAAUCACCAGUAAAAGAGUCCGCUUCGAAACAGAAAAAGAAAAAGACUAAGUCAAAACACAAGGAAGUGAUUGACUAUUCGAGUAGAAGCGAUUCCCACAACCACAGUAACACAUUUGGUAAAGUCCAUCAGUGGCUUCUAGAAUCACCGAUUGUGACUAGUGCUGCUCAGUUUGAGCACGCUUCCAAGGUAAGCAACAUUAUUAAUAAAAGUCAAUCGACGCCAGAGCAUUUGACUACAAAAACCGCCUCCGCGACUGUCGGAGUCCAGCAGCAACAGCGAUCCCCGAAGAAAACACGCGUCAAGACCAAAUCUGUUGGAAACCUGAACGAAAAAGUUCGCCUACAAGUAGUCUACAAACCACCAUUCAAAUUCAGCCUAAAGUUAUCGAAAAAUGAUACGUCAGUCAAAACGCAUAUUGUGCCAGGCCCGAUGGGUAAACGAAAAGGUCGGAUGGUUGAUCGAAAACGAGUUGCAGCUGCCAUUCAGUCCGAGUCGUUCCGGGGAAGAACUGCUCUCCUAGUGCGGCCAGCUCCAGAGGAAACUGUUCCCAUCGUUAACAGUUCCCUCUCAGAACCCAAUUAUGAAACUUUGAACCCACGCAAUAUGGAACCCUCGGAAGCACACAUGUAUGAAAACCUUAGCUUCAAUGCCGGUGCUGGAUCUGUCCCGAGCGAACUGCCAAACUCAGUGCCUCCUGCUCCCCCUCCUACUAUUAAUACAGCAACAUUCCGUAUCAAUCGUAGUGCAAGUGGUAGCAAUAUAAUGUCAUCAAAAACACACCUCCGAAAUCCAUCGAUCACUUCAAUGGGCUUACGUACCAGUGUGACCAAUUUGACCUCUGAGGUAUACAAAAGUAAUAGCAACAGCCGAGAGCGUGACAAACAUCACCACCGAUCAUACGGAGGAACUGUCGGGGGCGAAAGUACUGAAAGCCUGAUACGUUCGAGUACUACCAAUCUAGCUAAACUAGGUUGCAAUAAACGAAACAGUUUCGCCGAAAAACGACGGUCGAGCUACACCAGCCUUCACCAGCGACAUUCUGGUUCGGCAUCGAACCUACAUUCACUGAAGCGCUAUUCUGGCUCCUCUGGUCAAUUUCUUAACCAAGAAUCCUGUGAACCCUCUCUUGGACGGCGUCACAGCACCAACAUUAAGCCAGUAGAUAAUAAUACCAACAGUAUGAAAAAGCAGAAAAUUGCUCGAACCUCCAGCAGCAGUAACCUUCCCGCACCCAAUACCGGAAACGCAGCUCAGCGGCGCAGUAGCAUAGGUCACGGUAGCAGUAACAAUAGAAUAGCUCAUAGUUCCGGUUCUGCCAGCCAGAAACAUCUCUCCCGGCAAACAUCACUGAACAUCACACAGAAAUCGAUGACAACCGCAAUAGCGGAACGGCGACCCCAUACCUCCUCUUGCGAAGAUCGAGGAGGGAGCUUCGAGUGGCCUAUAGUCAGAAAGUGUGACAACGAUACCGACGAUCAGUUACCAUCUGAUUUGGAGGUUAUGGUCUCGGAUGCCGAAACCCUCGACAGAUAACCUAGAGCCGGCAAGUUCUGUAUACAUAGAUAGAAGGAUUGAUUUUUCUCCAAUAAUAAAGGGGAAUCUUCGUGUUCAUAUCAAUUUUAACCUGACAUUUUUUGUUUAGUUUCAAUUAUUGUCCUCUAGCAGCAUUUAAAAAAUAUUAGGGGGGGCGAAUAUGUUUGUCAAGUGCCAAGUAAGGAGUACGCCACUGCAAAGACUAUUUAUCGAAAACAAGCCCACACAUACCUACACUUCAAUCACAUUCCAAAAACUAUCGCAUCUUUUUGCUGGAAUACUGUAUAGCUAAAUUUCGAUCAAUCAAAAGUUGUUGAGGAAACAAACAAUGACUACAGGAGACACAGAAGCACAGAUUAUUCUGACCGAAUGAACGCAUAUCAGCGAACAGUAGAACCGCAGAUUAAGAAAAUUAGUGAAAGUUUCAGUGACUGAGACGUUUUUUGACGACAUGAAAACGUUCAACCAUAACUAUACUCUCUUUUGGUUCUUAGAAGUUCACACAUCAUCUCAACUGAUUUGUCAGAGUUGCAGUUUUCAGCCUCUUCAGAUGGAUUCAAUAUACAAAUAUUAGUGCUUGUGUAGAUUUGGAACCCAUUUUGAACCGUUUUGAAUAUAUCAUUCCAAAUAAAUAUUCAAAUACUCACGUGAAAAAAUUGAGCUAUAUGGUCCAAAUUCGUACCGGCUCAAAUAUUGGUAUAUCGGGCUCUUCUGUUACAAGAAUCAAAUUUCUGCUCUCUAUGCUUUCAUUAUCACGACUAUUAGUCAAAAGCACUGCCUUACAAUCAAAUGUUAUGCAACAGAAUACUGAAAUAAUAAUAUUCUCCUAGCACGGUCGAAAGAAUGUUGUCCAAACGUAAACAUCACAUUGCUAUUCAACCAUACCCAAGAGUAAAGUGAUCCACAACAGAAUCAUGCUAUUGAACGAUACUGCUGCAACCAGUCUCCUUAUUUGCACAGCAAUUUCAUUCACUCCACGACUCAUCAUAACAUUUCUCAAAUAAAAUGCAACCAAAAUGGAAAGUAACAAACGAAAACCUGCCAAAAUUUUAAAAUUGUUUUUAUUUGUGCGUAGAAUUGCAAACGAAUGAUCAUCGAAAUUUCUCGGAGAGGAGUAAGAAUUUUAUGUCAGCAUUUGAGAACUAAAUAAAUAACUAGAAACGAUACAAACAGAUCGCAGACAAAAGCUAGGAUAAAUGAAUUACUCACGAAACAAAUUGAUAACACACUAGAAAUAAUCCUGUAAAUAGUAAACGUUUAGCUAUGUUACGGUGAAAGGCAACAGAAGCUUUCGUUGUGAAUGAAACUCAAAACAAAAUCCAGAAAAACUAAUCGUAAACCUAACAGUUGAAGGAAAGAUUUACUUUUAUACAUAAAUUAUAUUUAAAAUUAAGACUACCUAAGAGAUACUACAAAAAACAGAAGAAACCUAAUUCAAAUAAGUUGAAUGUGAUUCUAAUCUUAUAAUAAAUCAAAUUUAUGAUGAAGAGGCAAACUAUGUAAAGUGAAAGGUUUUAUUUUUACACCAAGAGAUCAGCUAUAUAUUUACGUAACUGUAACUAACGAACUCCACGUUAAACUCAUUUAACUUGCAGAUAACCGCUGCCGACAGUGCGACGCGACUUAACUUAACUUAGUUAUCCUUUGCGACCAAAAUAUUUCUUUCUCCUUCACAUUUGGAGUUCAAUAACAUGAGAGACAAAGAUUUUCUACGAAACAGAAAAGCUUCCAAGUAAAACAAACGCAAAUUCAAUAAAUUUCUGUCAGCCUAACCCGACACCUAAGAGUAAAAAGAAAUAAUUCCAAUUCUCUUAUUUUUAUAUACACAUCCGCAUUUGCGCAAGGGAAUAUACAAGAAUAGAGCACAGUUUUUAUGCCUUUUCCAGACUUCGAAACAAGCACUGCAUCCUCCGCACACCACUGCAGUAAAGCAUAAUUCCUAACACAAUGUUGCUAAAUCUGUGAAAGCGACGGAACAAUUACGAUGGCAGAUACUUAAGUAUUACACAAUCGAUAGCCAAAAGAAGAACGCAGACGGAUAUGAAAUAUGAACCAUCACUUCAAUGCAAUUAUUUUAUGUGACCGACAAGAGAUUUUAUAAAGGCAUUCCUACACUACACGAAACUAAUUGUAAUAUUUUCUAUGCCAAUGUUGAUAUCAAGAAAUAAACAUACAAUCGAGCGCAUUUUCCCUCUUCAUGGACGUGUUGCGAAGUACGCUUGAUGUAAAUAUUUAGAUAACAGAAAAAAAAACGGAUGAAAAACAAAUGAAAGCAAACAUUGUACCGUACAAAAAUUAAAUAACAGCAACAAUCCGAAACCAAGAAAA